ACGGCAUUGUGAAUAGUAUUUCACAGUUCAAUUAUAAUCCAGAUGCGAAUGUCACUUUUGACACAUGGUAUCAACGAUAUGAGGAUUCAUUCACAGUUGAUCUCGCCUCACAAGACGAUGCUUGAAAGGUGCGAGUGUUAUUACGUAAAUUGGGUCCCGCAGAAUAUGAAAGGUACUGCAACAUAAUUUUACCCCAAAAACCACGUGACAAGUGUUUCGAUGAUACGAUAAAGCUGCUGAGUGAACAUUUUGGAGACCACUCCUCAUUAUUCAGCAUAUGUUAUCGUUGCCUUAAGCUGACAAUGAAUGAAAAUGAUGAUUUUCUUACUCACGUUGGCACAGCCAACCGAGAAUGUGAGAGAUUUCGACUCAGGUCCUUAACAGAUGAUCAAUUCAAAGCCUUGAUUCUUAUAUGCAGUCUUCAAUCUCCUCGUUUCACAGAUAUCCGAACUCGACUGCUCAAUCAGCUAGAACAAAAUCCCAAGUUAACAUUACAUGACAUAGCUGAUGAAUAUCAACGGCUGAUUAAUUUGCAGAAAGACACACACCUGGUCGAAUCAACACCUUCGAGAAGCUCUGAUAUUCAUGCAUUACGAAAGAGCAAAAAUCUCUCAUCAUCCACUCCUGACCCACCUUCUCCUAAUGAUCCGCGGAAAUCUACACAUACUCGUCCAACUUCUCAAAUUACUUUUGAAUAUUCGCUCACACACUUGUUCGGACAUUCAUAUAUUUUUGCUCUCACACUCUUGUGUGACAUAUUGAUUCUCCUUGUGUUUGGAAAAUAGAAGUAUCAUCGCAAACCUA